AUGUUGUAUCAGAGCCCCUUGAUCUUCCCCUACUUCCGUGUGACUGUUUCUUCCCUCAGGGGCUUGGCCUGUUGCACCUCCACCUUCAGGAACAGUUAUGUUGAUAGUGACCAAGAUUAUAGAUCAGAAGAGAAGACGGAUAUAGAGGCUGUAGCACACCCAGGAGAAGUAGAUUCGUUUAUUCUUUCAUUACCACCAAGUUCUUGUCUGUCAGGUCUGACAUACAAGUAUCCCAGCUGCGAAAGUGUGACAGAUGAGUACGCAGGUCACGUUAUCCAAAUACUAAAACAGGAAGGUGGUGAUAGUGAGUUAAUAAUGGACCAGUAUGCCAAUAGACUUGCUUAUCGGUCUGUUAAGUCAGGAUUACAAGAAGCAUCUAAGACAGCCAAAAUGAAGUGCAACUCAAAAACGUUCCCUGUGCAAAGCUCACAGGUGAAAACCAAUGAUGAACUGUUACUAUUCUUAAGUAAAGAACACCAGCAAGGAGUAGAUAAAAAAAGACAAAGUAAAAUAAGUGGAGGUUACCUGCAUAAAAACCCGACUUGUGAAUGGACACAGGAUACAUGCAGAAAUGAGUGCUUGGAACUGUAUAGUUUUUCAGCCUCUCUCGCUCACAACAUUACAAGAGAUGUUAAAAAAGAGCUGACGGCAUCUACAGUUGGCUUGCCAAAAUCCUUAACAGAUUCUUGCCUUUAUGAAAAAAAUGGAUGCGACGAAGAUGCCGAGUCUCACUUCGAGCCAGAAUUUCCCGCGUCUCUUCAGCCUUCCUCACCAAAUCGCAGAUUUUCCCACAGUACCGGCAGCUUGAGUGGGCGUGGUUAUGGAGAGACUGUUGUUCCAGCUGUAGAACAGUACGCUAGCAAAGUAGUGGAUGACGCUUUAGAGCUGAGUUCAGGAUCUGCAGUCUUCCACGUGUCUGAGACCACAAAAGCGGCCGAUAGGGUCACUUACGCAGAAAAGUUGUCACCUCGGGUGAGUCAGACUUGCAGGUAUUGUGACGGGAAAGAGCUCCAUGACUGCACUGGAAAUUCAUGUCCACACUUUCCCAGACCAGAUUCACUUGCUGGUAGUAAGCCAGUUUCUAAUUCAAAAUUUAGCAACGUCUACCAGAAAUCUAGGGUUUUUCGUCUCGACGUCCCUCAAAUUCAUAUUGAUCUUGAUAAGAAGACAGUGCUUGCUGAGAAUAUAGUUGCGGAAGCGAUUGAAAAGGCAGAGAGAGAGCUGAGCAGUACCAGUUUGGCAGCUGAGAGUGGGAUCGGACAGGACGGUGUCAUCUUUGCUGAAAGCCUCACUACUGAGAUAAUGACGUCGGCGAUGAGGAAUGUUGGUCAGGCCGUUAGCAGUCCGAAAGAAAUAGAAGACUUUCAGUCAACUGAGUCUUUUGGUAGCCAGCAGAUGAAUCUCAGUAUUGGUGAUGACAGCACUGGUAGCUGGUCCAAUUUAAGUUUUGAAGAUGAACACCAGGAUGAAAGCAGUAGUUUUCAUCAUCUAAGUGAAAGUAAUGGUAACAGCAGUAGCUGGAGCAGUCUUGCUUUAGAAGGAGAUUUGUAUGAGGACAAUUUAUCCUUUCCAACAUCAGACAGUGAUGGGCCAGAUGAUAAAGAUGAAGAGCAUGAGGAUGAUGUAGAAGGUUCAGAGCAAGAUGGAAAUACUCUGCUAAUUACGAAUGUUGACACGGAGCCAUGCACAGUAGACCCCCAGCUAAGGAUUAUUCUUCAGUGGCUCGUUGCCUCUGAGGCCGAAGUUGCAGAACUUUAUUUUCAUGACUCUGCAAAGAAGGAGUUUAUACAACUUUCAAGACGCUUACAAGAAAAAGGCUGGAAAGUGGGAGACCUCCUGCAGGCUGUGCUUAAAUACUAUGAGGCGGUGGAGAAGAUGUCCAACGACGAGAGAUCUGAGUCCCUGUUUGAUUGGCUCUUGGAAAAUGCAUAGAACAAACUCCAAACCAGUAUAUUUUAUUAUUUGUUUUGAGAGAGGAAGGAACAGAUAAAGAUGCAUAGGGUAAAAUUUGAAUAGUGAAUAUUAACAUUUAAAGUGAAUUGGGAGGAAGGUAAAUAUAGCUUUUUAAGUGCGUUGUGUCAUCACAUGGUAUAUAUAGUUCAAACUUUUGUAAUCUCUCACAUAUUAUCUUCGUUUAUUCUUCUAUACACAUGUGUAGUGUGUUAAGACCCUAAGAACAUGUAUUUGAAGGCUUUCAGGGACAUUCAGUGACAGCAUUCUUUUUGCAUCCAAAUAGUGCUGCUAGAAUUUGCACUGAGGUGGCUGAGAGUGGGUGACAGGGAUAGGGAGUUAUAUUUUGCUCCUUUGCAAGCAAAUGGUAUCCUGUUAAUAACAAAUCUCACAUCAAAAAAUAGCAUCGAGGCUAAUUUUUUUUCUGACAUCUUUUGUCCUAUUUUUAAGGGUCAAUUUUAUUUUCAUGGUUCACCUAUUGGUAGCUUUUUGAAUCCCCCAAGUUAUUUAAUUUCUUAGAAACAUAAGUAGUUUAGGUUUCUAUAAAUAUCAUAAGUGGUAGUUUCCCCAGCCUUUCAUCAAAUGACAUUAUUUGCUAAUGUUACCAAUUGUUCUGGCAUGAAAGCAAGUGUGUGUGUGUGUGUGUGUGUGUGUGUGUUGUGUGCGCGCGCGUGCGUGUGCGUAAAGGAGAACUUUACCUUGCUAGUGGUUGGUACCCUCUUUUAUUUUACUCUUUUCUUGUUAGAAACCCACUGUUAACAUUAAAAAGGUGCUUUAAAAUAAAAUGUCUAUAAAGAUUGUGCAGUAAGAAUUUUUAUUUCUUAUUCACUCUUUUGGGUCCCCAACUUAUCCUAUAAAUGAAAAUAAAGGUGCAAAACAUGUUGACAUUUUAAAACUUAAUGUGAAUUUGGAAAUGCAUUUAGAAGCCCAAUAAUUAUUUUCACUGUUGGGAUUUUGGGAAAAAAACACCCCACUUUAGCAAAGAUAAGCUUUUUCUAGAAAAAAAUGGGACCCUCCCCUGAAUCCCGUCCCCAGUGAAGUGUAUCUGCACUGUUUUGUAAAGUCCUCUGAUGCAGUCUUUCUGGGCUCUGCAUUUUCUACUGCUUGUCUUUAGUAACUGCGAGUUGACCUGCAUGGAGGACCGGGAUUGUGUUUUGUAUGUGAGGGUAUGUGUGUGUGAAUUUUUGGUUCUUCCAUUAGCAGAUUUUGUAACCCUAGAGUAAAUCAUUUUUUGUGGGAGGCUUUGGUUUUGCUCUGUUACAUUUUCUUUUUUCUUGAGCACUGACUGUUCUGGAAGCUGCACAAAGUAUAGAAGACGUAGCACCCACCAGGGGACAAGGAAUAAGGGCACUUACAUUAAUUUGAAUUAUAAUUACAGUAGAGAAAUUUUAUUGCUUUUUAAGAAAAAUACCAAAAUCUAUUUAAAUAUUUCAAGGUUACACUGUGUAAGCUUUGUUUUUUCCUCAAUUUAAGAUAAAGAAAUAGAGCAGGCCUUAAAAAUAAAUUUUCCUGAAGUUUCUUCAGGUAUUUUUUUAAGGUGGAGAAAUGCAGGAAAUGCAUGUAACCAGAACUGAUUCUGUCUUUAGCUUCUCAGAACUUGAUAUGCAGCAGCACUGCACUGGGUUUUUUAAAGUUAGGAACCAGGUUGUUAUGACAUAGAUUGAUCGGUUAUUAAGCUUAGAUUGGAUUUUUACAAGUAUAUAACGAUCAAGUUGUGUUUGUUGACUUCGAUGUAUGUACGGGUUUUAUUAACAGCAAAACUGAGUUCUGAAUUUCUUUUAAGCUAAAAUGACAAUGUAUUAGUUCUGUAAAACUUUCUGUACUUAAAAAUGUUUGUUUAUUUCUCUUAUGGUAAGAUUUUCCUCAUAUCUUUGUUUUCUUUGCAUUAUCUGGAGCUGUGAUGGAUUCAGAAUUCCCUUAUUCAGCCACUGCGGACUGACAGACCAGUCCUUAGACACUAGCAUGCAUAGUACUAAUCACAGUGGAACUCCACACUUCUGUCAGUUCAGUGCAGGGGUGUAGAGAAAAAUAUUAAGUGUUGGCAGAUGUGAAAAGAAACGGGAGUUAAGCUUCCAUAUAUAGAGAGAAAACAUUGGAGUUUAUAACAGUAUCUUAAUCAAGAACAGUCUAAACUUACUUUGUUUAAAGGCACUUUGUGAUUUUUCCAAAGACGUUGUAGAUCUAUUUGGUUGCUCAGCCUUCAGAACAGGUCUGUUCGUUGAGGACGACUCUGUCUUAUUUUGUUAAAAAUAUACUUGGCAUAAGUAGAUUUAUUAUGACAGUGUAAUACUGCCAUUCUGCACACUUUGGCCCUUAUGAAAUAUGAUAUUCAGAACUGUUAAAGCUGUGUUGUGCUUUGGGUUGAAUUCUCUGUUUUAUCAGUUUCAGAACCAUCGAAGGAUCUGUGGAAAGAAAGUGAAGGAGGCCUCUGACGGGGUUUUUAGAACAUUGUUUCAGACUGAAAUGGAGCACUUCUUUCAUAUUCUUCUUUUCCCAAGCCAAGAUUAAAUUACAUUUAUAUUUUGGGUAUUAUUUUGAUUUUGAAAAUAUUUCCUGAUUUACACGAAAGGAAUGACACGGAAGAAAAUUACAGUAUCUAUUGGAUGGUGUGACACAAUUUAAUGGAGUAAUAAAAUCUUUAAGAAUAUUCAUUCAGUGAAUAUAUGUGAUAACAUCUUCAUAUUUUGAAAAACGUUCCACUUACCCUUUCAGAUAUUUGAUGUGAAUUAAUUCAAUUCAUAAUACUUUCAUUUUGCUUAAAUAAAGGUUUUAUUUUACUGGUAGGAGAAGUUAAUCACUUAAUUAAAUGCAUCAGGUAUAAAGUGGAAGCUAGUUUACCCACGUGACUUUGAUAUCAUGCACGUUCCCCAAAUGCAAAGUUUAACCUUGACUCAUCAUCAGAGUCUAGAUGCAGAUGUCUUCUUAGUUAAUUAUUUAGCAAAUAUUAUUCUUCCACAAUUAAAAUGAUCAACUUCCCAUCAAUCUAUUGCUUUAAAUUUUGUUUUUUCAAGGGAAACUUUCCACAGAAUUUUAAAAAAGUAAUGCAUCCAUAUUCAGGGUGUAGGGAAAAUACUUUCCACUUAAAACCCUGUCCACCUGUCACCAGCACAUGCAAGUUAGAGCUUCCGUGGGAAUUAUGAAAUUGUACUAAAAUGAAAUGCAUUUUUUCUCAUUUUCAUUAGAAGACCCUGCACACACUUACUCACUCACUGUAUUCCUGUUCUGAAGAUGCAGAUACAGUGUUGGUCACUCUUGUCACUUUAUUUAUUUAUUUAUUUUUUUAAACCAUCCAUGUACAUUCCUUUCACAUGGGUAGAAUUAUAGUUCUAGAAGUUCAUUGUUUUGUUUUUGUUGAAAUGUUUGAAUACUAUUUAAUAUCAGGUUUUAAUAUUUCUGGAUUUACUACCUUUGGUUACUUGUGCAGUGUUAAAAGUAAUUCACAUUUUUGUUUAAUAUACCAGAUAUAGAGCAAAAGCAGCUUUGAGUAAUUGUAGCUGUUUGUGUUGAAUUACUACAUUAAGAUCUUGCAUAACAGUAACUUUUUGUUUUUUUGCUUUUCAGUAAUUUAAUAUGUUCAUUUACCAAAAUACGAACUAAAAUUUUGUUUUAGCAGUGGCUCAGAAUAAACAUUUCAGAAAUUACUUUUGUAAUAAUGUGCAAUUAAUUGUUCUUUUAUCUUUUUCCAGUUGUUUAAGUCUGUGAUCUUUCUCUCCCAACUAAGAAUUCCCCAAUAAACUUAAGAAAUGCCUGGC